AAAACAGGCAAAACCAAAACAAUCACUGACCAUAAGUAAAAUCAAGUAAAAUGAUGAGUGAUGCAACAGAGUGAAAGAAAAAGAAAGUAAAAAUAGAAAACAAAUUAUCAGAAAAACGAUUCUAUCAUCUAUGUAGUUGAUAAUCACUGAUUGCGAAUUAUAUAAAGUUCUAUGGUAUUCCCAGAAAUCAACAAGUAAAACACAGAUUUAUAGAAGAUAAAGCCUUUGGAUUUUUAAAAGUACUUGAAACCCCUUUUUACAUCAGAUUUCUGGAGGUCACAAUCUGUAAUCUGUAAUCAUGGCAAUGGCAGGUAUUUUCAAUGAUAGAGAAAUUGUAGAAAUGUGUCAUAUUCUAGCUGAACAAGAACAGCUUAAAGUUACUGUACAGGAGUCUCUAAAAGCAGGAAUGCUAGCUGGUUUUGCUGCUCUAGCAGGUGGUUUAUUAGGUGGCCCAAUUGGAAUAGCGAUAGGUGGAACACUUGGAUCUGCAACAGCAGCAGUUUGUGCUAAAGGUAAAUUUAGAUCAGUAGCAGAUAUUAUAAGAAACGACUUAACUCCCAGACAACAGGCAAUGCUCAUUUCACACAUGUCUACAGUUCUUUCUAGAAUAAAACCCCAAGAUUGUGUUGCUUUACUAACUCUAGUCCUAUCUACUGGUUCUGUAAAAGAGUUGGUUAUUAAAGAAUUAGGAGUAUUUUUGUUGAAGGAACUAAAUCUAAGUAUGGUUCAAUAAUGUGUGUUAUAUAUUUUGUAAAUGUGUAAAAUUGAGAUUAUUUAUUAUGAGGUGGACUGAGGAAAACUGUAGAUAUUUUUAUAAAUAGCUCAAAUAUCCAAUUUUUAAAAUAAAUAUACAAUGAAUAUUAA